ACGACCAACACGUGGUAUGUGCUGUGGUGUUAACACAUUGAUCUGCUGCUCGUUUUUUGUGCAAGGAGUCGUGUUUACAAAGUAGUAAUAAGUGAAAAAGUACAAGUGUAUGUAACAGUAAAAUAAGUUGCAGUGCCAGGUCGAGGUUUUCAGAACAGGCAGUACUGAUAGUCACCAACAUGUGGACAAGAAGAAGAAAUCAGUUCUCACGCCAAAACGGAUGGCAGCACGAGGCGUGGCUGAAGGUGCUCUGCUGACAAACACGCCUGACCAAGACCCCGAACCAUCAACGUAACAAAAAGCACUUGAGGACAAAGGGAGAAAAUACAGCGAAGAAACUAACACAAUCUGACCACACAGAAGAUAAAUGUGCAACACUGACAGGUUUCUUGCUAUUGAGAUAUCUCCAAGGUUGCCAUGCCGCAGAAUUGUAGAAUCGGCCUAUAGAGUACAGCACAUGCAAGAACCUGUAAAUUCUCAUUUCCACGCUAGAUGUCAGAUUCAUACGGUUGCCACAGCCAGGGCGGAGCGCUCCUCGAAUGCAGUGUAGGUCUACCAACAUGGUGACGCAAAUGGAUGGUGCGUUUGAAGACAGCUGAGUUAGAUGUGUGUACCGAGUUCUGUGAUGCUGAAUUGGGUCCGAGAUGAUUUUCUGAUUUCAUCAGUUUUCUGAGGUGUAGUAACUGGAAGAGAGUGGUAACUUGAGAACAGCAAUGGCCAUUUCAAUCCUUCAAAAGUUGGCGUGGGCUGCAAGCUUCAUUCUGUCCUCAUGGAUGAUUACAGGGGUUCAGACUGAACUGUAUACGUGUCUAGCAGACAUGGAGGAAUUGCUGGAAACCGAAGCUCUUCUUAUAAGGACUCUGAAUGGUUAUAUUCAGGCAGAGGAAGAAAAGUUACAGAUGUUAAGAAGGCACGCCGCAGAUUAUGCAAGAGAACACGAGGAAGCCAGUGAAGAUGUUCAAAGCUAUUUGUCAAAUCCCAUUAAUGCAUACUUGUUGGUAAAACGUCUCACUACUGACUGGAAGGAAGUGGAGACGCAGAUGGUAGAUGAUGUUGGCAAAGUUUUUAUACAGAACAUCACAAAAUUCCGAGAUGUACUCAAAUUCCCAUCAGAUGAGGAUUUAAACGGAGCAGCCGUGGCACUUACCAGACUGCAGGACACGUACAAGUUGGACACUGCUUCUGUUGCAAGAGGGGAAUUGAAUGGCAUUCAGUACAGCACGGAGCUGUCAGCUGGGGAUUGCUUCGAGCUUGGCCGUCAGUCUUACAACAACGGUGAUUACUAUCAUACCGUACUGUGGAUGACUGAGGCGUUACAACGCUAUGAAGACGAGAACAAUAAAACAACAACAAAAUCUGAUAUCCUUGAAUAUUUGGCUUUCUCAACUUAUAAGGAAGGGAAUGUCCAUCGAGCUUUGAAAUUGACAAAUGAAUUACUGGACAUAGUUCCAAGUCACCAGCGAGCUCUUGGCAACAAAGUAUAUUAUCUGCAAGAUAUUGAGAAGGCAUCGAAGGAGCAGAAGAGAGGAGAUGACGGAACAGCAGCUGUUCAAAGUGACCAAAUUCCCGUGGCAGAGAAUAAACAGCAUCUUCCUGAACGAGAUGUCUAUGAGAUGCAUUGUCGCCUUGAGCACAUCAUGCCAGCUUCUAUAUCGUCAAAACUGAAGUGCCGAUAUACCAGCAAUGGUAACGCGUUUCUCCGACUUGCACGAGUGAAAGAAGAGGAGGCUUACCUUAAACCAUUGAUCUUAAUCUACCACGACGUAAUUUACGAUGAUGAAAUUGAAACUAUUAAAAAGUUGGCAAUGCCUAGGUUUAAGCGUGCCACGGUACAGAACUCCAAGACUGGGGAACUGGAAACUGCGAACUACCGCAUUAGUAAGUCAGCCUGGCUGAGGGAUGACUAUCACCCUCACGUAGCUGCCGUGAACAGACGCGUGGAAGAUAUCACGGGCCUGACAGUAAAUACUGCCGAAGAGCUGCAGGUUGUCAACUAUGGUAUUGGGGGCCACUACGAACCUCACUUUGACUUUGCGAGGAAAGAAGAAAGUAAUGCAUUUAAGAGUCUAGGAACUGGUAACAGAAUAGCCACAUUUUUAUUUUAUAUGAGUGACGUCUCUCAAGGAGGUGCCACAGUGUUUCCACAGAUUAAUGUUGCGCUGAGACCUGAGAAGGGUGCGGCGGCAUUCUGGUACAAUCUCCAUCGUAGUGGAGAGGGGGACAUGGACACCCGACACGCUGCCUGUCCUGUACUUACCGGUUCCAAAUGGGUUUCCAACAAAUGGCUGCAUGAACGUGGACAAGAAUUCAAAAGGCCGUGCGGUCUUACAUUUGAUACGGCUUAAAACCUGCGUGUGAGUCGGCGUAGUUUCAGUUUUUGAUUCUUUAUGAGUGACACUGUCACAGGUUAGAGAUUGUUGACCUAUUAAUGUGAUAGCGGAGCCUGUUACAGUGCGCGUAAUCAGAAUUAAAUAGCGCCAGAUGUAUCCCUACUCCCCCAUACAUCUUUGUGGUUUGGCGCUUAAUUAAGCACAAAGACAGCUUUGCCAUUUUGUGUAUUUCCCCAGAGUCAGAAAUUAAGAUUAAUUAGUUAUUAUUUAUACUUACGCAUUAUUGUGCCAUACUGGUGAAAAACUGCACCAGAACUAUAAAUGCGUCUCAGAUGUUGUUACUGUCUGUUGUAAAGUGAAGACAUUAAGUCUGUCCUUUAUCCAAAGAUGGAAACCGAUUGGUAUGUAAUUAUGAGUAAUAAUUCCAUUUUUACUGAAAAGAAGAGCAGUUUUUUGUAUUCCUCCAUGUGUUUGAUGAAGUCAUUAUUGCCUUUCAUAUUGCUAAGGUAAUGCAACAGGAACUUCGAUAAAUGAAGCACAAAAUAAACCCAGCGUGCUUUAGUAAAUUAAUAAUCUCAGUUUGUAAUUCUGUGAAAUAACACUCAUAGAUGUUCUAAGAUGUAAUUUUUGUUAUUAAUAAGUACCGUAAGUCUGAAGGGAUCAGUGUUAUCAAUCGAUAAAGAAAUUUAAUAAAAAUGCGAGAAGAUUA